AUGGGACCAGCCGAGAUUGAUGCUCGAUGUCGAAGACUUCCUCCAAACCAUCAUGUCCGUCUAUUUAUGAAAGGUAUCACUAGUCUAUCUCGUCUUAGUGGUACAGAACACGCUCAGAUAUGCCAUUUUCUCCUUGGUCUAAUUAUUGACAUCCAACUUCCUGGCAAUCUGGAUUCAGCUUGUCUUUUGCGAGCUGUUCGUGGUCUCCUGGAUUUUCUGUACCUGGCACAGUAUCCAUGUCACAGUUCCGAGACCUUAUCUCUCCUCAAUGAAGCUCUCUCCCUCUUUCAUGACAACAAGCAAAUAUUCAUCAACCUCGGUAUUCGGAAUAAUUUCAAUCUUCCUAAACUUCACGCAACUCAACACUAUGCAUCAAUGAUUCAGUUAUAUGGCACCACAGAUAACUACAACUCAGAGUAUACUGAACACCUUCAUAUUGACUUAGCAAAAGAUGCCUACCACGCCACAAACCACAAGGAUGAGUUUGUGCAGAUGACUCAGUGGCUCGAGCGCAAGGAAAAGCUUGUGCACCAUGAUAAACUCAUUCAAUCAAAUAGUGUCCAUGCUAAACCUGCGCAUUUCGAUACUGCACUUAUCAAUGAUGGUACUGGUGAUUCUGUGGGUAUCGAAGGUGAGCUCAAUAUUGUCUGA